AUGAAUCUGCUCGCACAAAAGAAGAACACGGGAAGCUACCAGCUGCAGGUCGAGGGUCAACUGGCCACACCUUGCGGUAGACUCACUGAUGAGCCUGUUGAAGCGAAAAUUGAGAACUUCAAACGUGCCGCAUACUUUAAGAUAGAUGUGCCAGGCUUGAAGAUCACUACGAUUCAAGCAGCAGCGUCAUCACCGAACUACCAGCGGGUCCUCGAGCGUUCGGUUGGAUGCCGAUCACAAACAUUGCAGAAUCCCUCGCCAUCCGACAAUCGUCCGUCGGCCACGUUUGAUGCCAACUUGAAUAGACCUUCGCGUGUCGUCCGGUUAGCUGUGAGGAUGAAGACCAAGGCUUACCAUUGCUUCACACAGGAGUCAGUGUCGGGCGAAAUCGUGUUGCAGCAAAUCCGCUCAAGCGUUCAACCCCACGGUGAAAGACUCUGGUUCUGUUCGGCGAUUACCGCAGUGGGUGAGUCCGAGACAUCGCCUCAUGAAUGUAUCAUUGGUCCUCGUCCACGCUAUCGUACAUCACAGCAGUCAUGUAGCGUCAUUCCGCGACGUAGCAGACGCAAGGAUCGAUCAUUAAUUGUUGUGUUCUGGCUUCUUGUGGCCAGUGAUGUGUCCAUCUUGCUCAAGUUCGUCGUACUGCUUGUUGUGCACUUCCUUACCCACAAUACGCACAGCACUGUGCGACUGUGGCUCCUUGCGUGGUACACGCCCAGUAAGGUUGAGUUCCCUCAGGCUCGCUGGGAUGCCGGGAGGGGGUUAAUGCGUCUGACAAUAGGUCACUACCCCAUGCGAAAUGAGAGGCUAGGAAAGGCGGAAGCCGCGAACUACGUUACCGCUGUCGUUUCGGACCGCCAAAUGAGCUUUCAUGCCCCAGACAGGCAAAAUGAUCGUGGGGAUCGUGGGGAUGCGUAUGAAACGCGUGUCAUGACAGAGACUCGUAGAGAUGUCUACCCUGCUCACACGCGUUCGACGUCCAUCGGACUGAGUGCAUCAUCAGUUGAGACAGUUCAAAUCAUGAUGGACACGCCUGGGGUAUAUUUUGGUCGUGGGCAUCCCCCACAUGCCCUCACCGGCCAAAUAUUGAACGAGUCCCACAGCAUGAGCCGUUUCCGUUGUCACCCGUCCGAUCCAGAGUUGCUGCGGAAACAACAUCUGAGCGUUAUUGCGGCAGGCACGGAACAUGAUUGA